AUGCUGAAGCGAGGCGAAUUAUCGGCGCCUAAUGAUCUGAACCAAGUACGUGAUAUAUUUGGGAGGACAAUCUCCUAUCAUUUAGCCCGGUGUCCCUCUGUUCUAGAACAAGAUAUCGCUGACAUCGAUCCAUAUGCGCAAGAUUGGGAGUCAGGCUAUUCGGCCUUACAUAUCUGCCUGAUGACUGGCCAGUAUCAAAAAGCAUUUAGAUUAUAUUGGCAUUGGCGAAAAGCGCUUAGCUCAGGUGUCAAUCUACAAGGAUCCGUUCUUGAUUUAAAAGACAGGGAAGGCUUCACACCUUUACGUAUGCUGCACGAAAAGAACAAUUUCUGGAACAUGGGCUACAUUCCAGAUAGCCUGUCUGUGGUCGAUAUGUCGAAAACAUGUAAGCUCGUGUUUACCAAACGACAAAAGGAGCCGCGGAUGACCAUCAAACGGCUCCGAGAUUGGCAUAAGGGCAGAGGUGGGCGGCGCUGCUAUACUUUUGGGAAAAACGAUCAUUUUCAGUUAGGGACAGGUGAUUCAAAGGCAAGACAAGUCUGGUACGAGGUUAGACCGGAGAAAUUCGAGGAUAGGGUAGAUGAUGUGGUGAGAAUCAGGAGUUGCCAUAUGAACAAGCGACAUGGGAUAAUAGUAGCGGAUGAUGGUUCUGUAUACUUUGCCGGACGAAUCACACGCGGCUUACAUUCUGAUGUUUCUGGUGGCAUUGUGAGACUACAGAACUUCUAUUUUGAGGCGAUGGAAUACGAUACCAAUGGCGAUGUUAGCGAUUUGGCCUCGAGUAACACGCAUAACAUAUUCCUUACCCCCGACAGAAAAGUUUACACAUGGGGCUGGAACGACGUAUUCCAACUUGGUUAUCCAUCUGAUGGCUCCUGCCAUCCAUUCAUUAAGAAUGUUCCAUUGGCUUUAAAGGAUAUCACGCAUGUUUCUUGUUCGACUAUCCAUUCCGCGGUCAUUACCAAUAGCGGAACUUUGCACUCUUGGGGGCUCAAUAUAGGACAGAUGAGUACAUAUAAACCUGCUACACAGGCAACUGAUAUCUCUGCUGAGUACAUUGGUUGGAAGACGAAACGGAUAAGUUAUGAAACACAGUGUCAGAACAUCAGUCAACUGAUUUGCCGGGAAUAUACAACUUUGAUACGACACGACGACUACAAGCUAUGCGUUAUAACCGAUUUUAAACGUUUUAGGUUUAGCUUGGCAGAUCAGCGAUCAUCAGACUCGGAUUUCUUUAAUGUGUUCAGACCAUCUCGACCUGUUGAUGAUCUUGCCAUCGUUAAAAUUGGUACAAAGCACCCGCACGGAAAUAACUUGUGUGUUCUCUACAACAAUGGCCGUGUGGGAAUGGUUCGCAAGCUCUUUAAGGAUGGCUCUCCCGGAAAACAGCCACUUUCUCUGGACAUAUUACCAUAUUGGACUCCAUCUACCUGGCUGGAUCGCUGCGUGGAUUUUGAUGUCGGUAUGGAAGGUGAACUGAUUGUGUGCACGAUAGGCGGGGAUGUAUACCUUUCAAAAGGGCCUAAUCAAGGAUUCAAACUCCAAAAAGCCAAACCACCGGGGGGGAAAUGUAUUAGGGUAAGCUGUGACCCUUUGUUUGCUUCAUUUUCUGUGAUAAUUGAUGAGUUUGAUACACCCAGAACACGUAUCGACACGGAUGCAGCUGAAUAUGCUGCAUAUUCCCCAGUUUACGAAAUGCUGAAACAACAUCUUUUAAAUGAACAUUAUGCGCAGGCCUUUCCUACAGUAAGAUCAGUACUAUACACGGAACCUACCUUCGAUCAUGCCAAAAACUCCUCUUUACAUGCAGCCCUUAAACUUCCUACUAAUUAUUGUGGUCAGACAGGCCCACAAACCGAAAGUAAAAUAAUAUUUACACCUAACCAUUUUGCAAGUAUCAACUCGGUAUCAUACGAUGUGGCAUUUAUCGACAUUUCAGGCAAAACCAUUGGGGAGUGUCAUAGAGCUGUACUUUGUGGUCGGUGUCCACAGUUCGUUAAGGAGCUGAUCAACUACGGAGAAGGGGGAGGCCAAACGACUGCCUCGGGGAUCAGAUUUUCACUGUUUUCAAGUUUAGAUGCUCCGGUGUGGUUGAUACGCGUGGGGGACAAUGCCCGAGAUUGGACCUGCCACCCAAUACUAUAUGCUCUGCAUCUGCUCUACGACGAGUACUACUUCGAUCUACCUCCGACUCCACUGAGGUGUGACGCGUUUUUUAAGAAGGGACGUGAGUUGUCUAAUGCCCUUGGUAUAAUAGCGGGGCAAGUUCAUGUAAAAUCUGCCUUUAGAGAGUUGCACCACCGAUGCGUGCCUAAUGAUUCUGAGAUAUGCUCGAUUCCAUCAUGCGAUUUUCACCCGCAUAAUUAUACCGAGUUGGAACAUUAUAUGCAACCGGAUAUUGAAAUACAACUGUGCAAUUCAAAACGUGUAUUUGCGCACGGAUUUGUACUUCAGUGUAGAUCUCCCUUUUUCAAGGGCCUUCUUCGGAACAAAUGGAAUCACAGGAAUGCCGUCAGGCUAACGCACGUGAAAGAGCACAUAUUCCAUGUCAUUCUCAAGUACAUGUACGGCUUUUCCUUUUCUAGUUUGCUUGAUGAUCUCCGAGCAACUUCAGUCACUGAAAAGGCAGAAUUCCUCUUUGAUUUAGUGGAAACUUGCAACGAGCUCCUAUUACUGGAAUUGCGUUCUUACGCAGAUUACGUAUUAGCUGGCUUAAUCACCCACAAAACCGUGUUGCCACUUCUUAUAAACGGAUAUUUCCUGAAUUGUUCGCAACUGUUUACGUGCUGUGCAAUCUACCUCUUUCACAACCCAGAGAUCUUAUUUCAUGAUUCAAAUAUCGGAAUAAUCAAUGAGCAUGUAUCUCCAGGCUGUUGGUCCGAAUUUGAGCAUAUAUCCCGACAGCUCCAGGCAAGCGGAUCGGAGUUUAAGGGCGGCGAGUGUCUAAUAUACGAUGAUCCUGCCGGGUCCGAUUGGUUCCAUUCUUUCCGGACGGACCUGGCGAGCUUUAAUUCCCUCUUCAUCGACAGAAGCCAUCCGUUCCAAGUCGUCCCGGAUGUAAAGAAGAAGAAGCCUAAGGGAAAGAAAUCUGGUUCGCGUGUCGCGGUGGAAGCCGCAGAAACUGUUGCCAACCAGCAGCGGCUCCCACGGGGCAACGCUUCCUCCGGUGACCCAUCUGCCAUCAAUAAUAACCCGCCCUCCGCCUUUACUCCAGUCAGCAAAGGUAAGCGCCGCCCACCUGUAAGUGCAGAUCCUCUGACAGCCGUCGAGGCUGCCGCACCAUCCGGCUCCACAGUCAACUUUGCGCGCUUUGAGCAACCCCCAGCAGCGCAGCCGCGCGCCCGCCUGGCUCCCUUCAAAAAACCGUCUCAGAAGCAGCGAAUCGAGCAGCAUCGCGCAGCAACUGCGCAACAGCCCCUACAGUCAUCUGCCACACCAUGGAAUACUGCUAGCGCACCAUCUCAGAGUUGCUCUCCCGCUCGUAAUUCCAAAUUCCCUUCGCUUUCUGACGUCGUUAGCUCCGGGACUUCUUCCACGGGCACAAUUGGCAUCUCCACCACUGGUCACCGCCGCACUAUAACCACUUAUCUCACGAAGACACAGACAUCGCCCUGGCAAUCGGCUGUGCCGCCUAGCGCGUCUCCAAGCCUCUCGUCCCACACUCCCUGUCAAUCUUCACUCGGGGAGUCCCCGCGCUCUCAAAGCAGCAGCACCAGCAGUCGGCAAUCCAGUGUAGCUCGCAAAGUGAAGUUCAAACCAAUUGAUUGGACUCAAUGCUAG